CCGCCUGCCUUGUCUUGUCUUGCUCAAUUGCCCCCCACGACCUCUGUUGGCGCCCUUCGAAGGCUAAUCAUCCUUCGAGGAGCCACCGCCUUUACCCAUGAGAAGCUAUGAAGUUCGCAAAGUACUUGGAAGAAAACAGCGUCCCUGAAUGGAGAUCACAAUAUGUGGACUACCGCCAGCUGAAAAAGCUCAUAAAGCAGGUCGUAAAGGCCCGUCACCGCGAAAAGCAACCAAAAGUAUCGGUUCCUAUACUGGAGGACGAUGAGAACAAGGAGAAGGAGGAGGAGACAGACGAUAACCCGCCUUAUGGUAUGGAAGGGGGUGCGGAACGCGAGCGGAGAGUACGCAGUGCGAGCGGAGUAAGGCGGAGCGUAGCGAGGAGAUGCUUCAGGUCUACGAAUGCUUGAGGAUCCCGAGCCCUAUUGCGCUAAAGGCGCAAUACUCCCGUAACCAUGGCGCUUAG